UUGCUGCAGCUAUGGACCAGAGGGCUUUGUGGUUUGCUCUGUUUCUGCCUCUGUCUUUGAGUUUUGACACUGAAGAGACGAUCAUGAGAACCAUUGGGGAACAAAAAGAUGUCACUCCACUUUGCUCCAAGUCUAGAGUGGAUUACAUUUGGAUAGUGUGCACGAUAAAGACAAAAGGGAACGGGCCAAAAGGCUGUCGUCUGCAGUAUCAACAUGGACGGGGCUUUGAGAACGAGUGCGACUCCAGGUUCAGGCUGGUAAAAGAAAACCGAGUCGUGUUUCUCCAGAUGAUCAAUUUAACAGCAGAGGAUAGUGGGAAGUCCACCUGUGAGUGUUCCCGUAGCGAUGGGACAGAUAUUAUCCAUCUCCUUAUCUCGGCUGAAGAAGCUCACACUUCUCCAGUGAGGCAGCUGAUGUCUAUCACUGUGAUUUGUAUAUGUACUGGAAUUGUCAUUGUAGUCGGAGUUGUCCUCGGAUUUAUCCUGAGACAAAAUCGCUGCAGAUACCCUACAAGGAAAGAGCCACCUGUGUCAAUAGGUAAAAUCGAUUAUGAUGCUACAUACACAAGCCUUUACCGGGAGUCAGAUGAGUUCUACCAGACUGUGCGACGUCAGGCUUACAACAGCGAGGAGGCGACAGAUAGAGAUGCAGCCAUCACUACGGUGACCGCCCAGCUGAAACAGGAAAUAGAAAAAAGAAAGAGAGAUCAAAGUUUUGACAUAUAUCAGAAUAUAACUUUUUAA